AUGAAGCCGGAGCACGUCGACAUGGUGGCCCCCGACGACGAGGCUGCCCUCAAAUGGGCGAAGGAGGACUACACCCACGAGCAGGUGCGCCACCAGCGUCGGGCAUGGAAGGAUCUCCGGGUCCACCCCCGCGCCGAGGAGGGUGGCCUCAUCGUCAUAGACAGCGAUGACGAGGGCGAGGUCGGGCCGUCAAGUGCCCCGCCACGUGUCGGCGACCCCGGCCAGGGCUGCAGCAGGGGCGUCGCAGGCGAGGAAUAUGUGGCAAACCGUGCUUCGGACAAGAUUAGUCAGCUCACUGAUAAUGUCUAUGUCUGCCGUUAUGGAUCUGCCGCUGAUACACAAGUUAUUUCAGAUUAUGUGCGCUAUUUUCUCCACCAACACACAAUUCAGCUUGGGCAACCAGCUACCGUGAAAGUCGCAUCCAACUUGGUUAGGUUGCUGGCCUAUCAGAACAAGAGCAUGUUGCAAGCGGGUAUGAUAGUUGGUGGAUGGGAUAAGUACGAGGGAGGCCAAAUUUACUCAGUCCCUCUUGGUGGAACAAUUCUGAGGCAACCAUUCGCAAUUGGAGGAUCUGGUUCCAGCUAUCUGUAUGGAUUGAUGGAUCAUGAAUGGAAAGAGGGGAUGACCCAGGAAGAAGCUGAGAAAUUUGUGGUGAAGGUGGUUUCCCUUGCCAUUGCACGUGAUGGUGCUAGUGGAGGGGUUGUUCGCACUGUUACUAUAAAUGAGGAGGGCGUGAAGAGGAGCUUCCAUCCCGGCGACAAGCUGCCGCUGUGGCAUGAGGAGAUGGAGCCCCAGAACUCGCUCCUCGACAUUCUCGCGGCCGGGAGCUCUGAUGCCAUGGUCCAGUGAGCCGUGCUUCCUACUGGUGCUUCCUACUGUGUCUUAUGAUGACUUGUUCUGAGUUUGAGCUUAAUGUCGUUAAGAAAUUGUGCCGAAUUGUUCCACACCAGCUUAUUUUCC